AAUCUGUGUUUCACAAGAUUCCAGCGUUCGUUUAUAAAGAGUUCUUGGCGUUUUUUAUUUUAUUAUGUCUAAAAUUCUCUGAUUUAUAAGUAUUAUGUUAUUUGUUGUGUAAAGCUGAAUAAUAUGAAAGAUAUGACUUCUAUUUCCAAGACUAACUGUUCUGAAUUAGCACUAUUGGCAAGGAAAUUCAAUUGUUUUUAUUUGUCAGGAUUACGUCAAGGUAUAUGCAAACCAUUUUUAGUAGCUGGACAUCAAGUUGGACUUAUUCGACCUGAUGUACUUAAAUAUCUUCGAACAUUUCCGGAGGUUUUCCGGAUCACAGGGGAGUAUGUAGAACUCAAUCCAGCCUUUAGAAAUUAUCAAGAAAGGACUUCCAAAGUUGCGGAAGUGUUGCAAAAUCUAAGAAAAGAAAAUGAAAUUUGUGCUCUUAAAGGCUGGCGAGAUGAGUGUUUUGAAGUGAGUACCCCCUUCCAUCAUGAGAGUCUACUGGAAAUGGAUAGAAGUGCUGUCUGCCUUUUUGGUAUAAGAAACUAUGGUAUUAGUGUGAAUGGCUACCUGUUUCAUCCUUCUAAGGGUCUUUGCAUCUGGUUACAGCAGAGAAGUUUCACCAAACAAACAUGGCCAGGGAAGUGGGAUUGUUUUGUCAGUGGGGGCUUGGCUGUGGGAUUUGGUAUUCUUGAAACUGCUAUCAAAGAGGUGGCUGAAGAAGCUUCUGUUGUUGGAGAGCUAGUUAAGAAAUUAGUGCCCGCGGGGUGUGUUAGUUUCUAUUUUGAAAGUGAGCGGGGUUUGUUUCCCAAUACGGAAUAUGUGUAUGAUCUGGAGUUGCCAUCGGAGUUUGUGCCGAAAAAUGCUGACGGUGAAGUUGAAACAUUUGAGCUUCUAACUGCUGAGGAAUGUGUCCAAAGAGCUCUGACACCGCAGUUUAAGACAACAGGUGCACCGGUUCUACUGGACUUUUUGAUCAGAAGGGGCUACAUUAAUCCCGAAAAUGAGCCCAAUUAUAGACACAUUGUGGAGUUGCUUCAUGUGCCGCUGCAGACAAUAUACAACAGUUCUCUUAGAGAUAUAACAUCAAAUGGCGAUGUGCAAAAUUCUGAGAGUUAAUAAUAUAAUUUAAGACCUACUUUAGUUUGAAAUUACAUUACUUAAAGUUGAAAUAUUUUUUAGUCAAUCAUACCUGUACCCUUGUCUUAGACAUAUGUAUUGGUACAUUUAUUAAAAUUUUGUAUUAAACAUGGCCUAAUUUAUGACCUCAAUUGUAUUAUUUGGGUAGACUUUAAGUAUUGCCUAAGUAUUAUAAUUAACUUCGGCUUCUCUUAUGAUAUAGUUGAACAUUGACCAAGUCCUGAUAUUUAUGUAGUAUUGUUGGGGAUUUUUAGACAUCACAAUAGUCUAGCUAGGGAUGUUUAAUUUCUGUGAUACUUUACCAAUUCGGUAUAAGGAGUUUGUAUAUUAAUUAGUUUGAUUUAUUACCUCUUUAAUACUCUUGCAAAGCUUAUUUAUUGUUUCUUUUAAGAAUUAAAGCGAAAUUGAGAGCUGUGAAUCUUUACUCAAGAGUACAAAGCCACGAUGUACGAACAUUUGUUACCAAAAUAUGAUCCCGUUAUCUAGUCAAUGGCAAUAGGUGGAAAAUGCUUCAUUUCGAAAUCAUUUGUUUAAAGCGGCUUUAAUUACAAUGGAAACAAAAUAUAAUGUAAAUGAUUUUGUACUUCCUUUUUUCGCUGAACGGUGACAAUGAUUUAGAACGUAUAUCGUUAUUUUAAGCCACCGAAGAAGUAUAUAUAUUUUUCUGUAAUGUUAAUUAAUUUGGGCGAACAUAUUUCAUUUUUCUCCUUAGAUUACGUCUAUUUGCUUGAGAUGUAUUUUUAAAUUUAGAGACUUGGUGUGUAGUGUAGUUAUAAAAUAUUUUGAAACAUUAGUGAUAUAUCAUGGGUUACGUCAAAACAAUUUUAUACAUUUCUAUGAUAUGAUGUUAUUGGCGAAAGACUUUUUAUUGAUAUUAUUAUUAUACCAUGUAGAUAAUUUACUGAAACAAGUAAUGUAAUCGUUUUUUGCUACAUUUAGGAAAAUAGUGCUUUCCUAAUAAUCAUUAAAUAAAAAAAGUAUAA